AUGCUUGGUGAAGGGCCCGAGGACGGCUCCCGGCCAUAUAUUCCGCCAUUGCUGGACACUGAAGCUCGCCCCGCCGAUCCCGACACUUCCGACCAACCUCAGGAUGAAGAAACAGGCCUCCCCUACCUACCCGUCUGGCUACGGGAGUCAUCCAAAUCGAUUCGCUGGGGAUGGGUGCCGUUGCCUCUGCGGAAGGUCGGCUGGGCGGUCGCUGACUGGGUCAAGGGUCCGAACCCGCCGCAAUCCAUGCUGUUGAAGCCCUUGUUCCCCCGGUACCAGGAACUCCCGGUUCGGUUUUUGGAACGGUUGUUCCCCAAGCGCAAGCAAAAGAUUGCGCUGCUGGCCCUGCUAUACUUUGUCUGGUUUCUGCCCUGGACGAUCAUUCUGCUGCAUUCGCGGCAAGGUGGAUAUAUCGAAGGCUAUGGCCGACCGAAGACGCUCGCUUGCUCGACGAGUUUCUGGGAACAUGGCAAUGAAUGUGGCCUCAACGGAAAUGACUGCCGCCCCUUCUCCGCUUCGAAUAUUGCCUUCCGGUGUCCCGCCAACUGCCGAGACUCCAAGUUGCUCGAACCCCACAUGGUUGGGAAUCAAACCUAUAGCUACCGGGGACUAGUGGUGGGAGGGCCGCAACCUGGUUCAGAUGAGCCGGGGGUUUAUCGAGCUGAUAGCUUCGUUUGCCAGGCGGCCAUCCAUGCGGGCGUCAUCACGAACGCCGUUGGUGGUUGCGGUGUCGUGAAGCUGGAGGGUGCCGCGCAUUCCUUCCACGCGUCGAAGCAGCACGGAAUCCGCUCGGUCGGAUUCCCGUCGACGUUCCCCAAAUCGUUCAGCUUCAUCGAGCUGUCCUCGUCGCAGGCGACGUGCCCUCAAGAUCCCCGCUGGCCGUUGCUGGGCAUCACCAUCGGCGCCGUGAGCCUCAUCUGGCUCUUCUGCACCUCCCCACCGAUUCUGUUCUUCAGCACCUUCGUGAUGCUGUUCUGCCAGGUGGGAUUGGUAUCUGACCCGCCAUCGAUCCCCCAGUUUGCGGACCUAUUUUCAACGAUGUUUUCGCGACUGUUGCCCGCGUCGUUUGUGGCCUUUGUCCUGUACAAGUAUUGCGCACGGCCGCAAUUGACCCCGCUUUCGGAGCCGAUGUACCAAGUGACCAAGACACUGCUCUACCUGCCGCCCGCAUUCAUUGGCGGCCUGAACAACUACACUUUCGCUAGGCUGAUCCCUCUGGAGCGUCUCACCCCCCAUGAUAUCCAGAAACAGCCCGGAGCAAAGGUUGCACUGGCUCUGGUGAUUCCGACCGUGGUCUGUAUCAUUUUGAGCCAGGCUUGGCAAAUCCGCAUGGGGGGGUUGAUGCCUCGCUAUCUCAAGAUCUAUUGCACCAUGGGUCUUAUCCUACUGAUCUUGCUGCCACUCCCGGGCCUCCGUCUGAGGAUUCAUCAUUACAUUCUCGCGAUCCUCCUUAUGCCGGGGACCGCCUUUCCAACGCGACCCUCGUUGAUCUACCAAGGGUUACUCCUGGGCCUUUUUAUCAAUGGCAUAGCUCGGUGGGGAUUUGCGUCGAUCAUCGAAACGCCUGCGGCCUUGGGCGAGCAAGCCCCGGGCCCCGGAGGAGCGCACGGAUGGUGGGGCGGCACCUAUCCCAACGUCAAUGAUGCCUCCGUCUCUAUCUCUCUUCCCGGCCCGGAUUCGCCUGAGAGACAUCACGGGAAUGGCAACAUCACAUUUAGCCUGUGGGAGCGGCAACGCAUGGACGAGCUGGGAGUGGAUGGUAUCUCGGUGUUGGUCAACGAUGUUGAACGCUGGCGCGGCUACUUGGAUGAAGACGAGCGCGGCGAGUUCAUCUGGCACCGGCAUGGGCACAACGGGCUGGAACUACAGCAUCGGCCGACUAUCGAGAGCGACCCGAUGGACAUGGAAUUGGCCGUCCAGGAAGAUGACUCGACGCCGGAGGACCUCUUCUUCCGGUUUGCCUUCCUCAAGGGAGCGGAGGCCGGCAAAUACGGAGGGGCCGGAGUCUGGUUGCAGGACGGACAGUGGGUGUCGCCCCCGCCGCCAAAGUCGUAG